AUGGAAUCUGUACUGCCUUCAAUGAAAAAAACUCCAGCCAUAUCUCAAGUUAUAGACAAUUUUAGUUCAUUAGUACUCAUCCAGGCCAAAUCCUUUUUCUGGACCGUCUCAAAAGUUAAAGUAUUGGUUGUAUGUGCAGAACCUCAGACCAUGACAACACUGAUAUGGAUGGCAUUUUUAUAUUCAUUCUUAGAUGGUACUAGAGAGUUUUCUAUACAUAAAGUAUGGAUCAUGACAGCCCAGUGGAAUUUCUCAUUGGAAACAAUGCAAAGAGAUUUUGAUAUACAAGCCUUCAAUGGUGCCUUAUCUUUUGCAGUUCACUCAAAUAAAGUGCCAGGCUUUACACAAUUCUUGCAGGUCCUUCAUCCUAGCUAUCCCAAAGGUGAUGGUUUUCUUAGGAUCUUCUGGCAAAAGGCAUUCAACUGCCUAUUUUCUGAUUCCAAUGAGCAGAAGCAAAGGAUGGCUACUUGCACUGGUCAAGAGAAGCUGGACAGUCUCCCUGGUGCUCUUUUUGAAAUGAGCAUGACUGGCCAAAGUUACAGCCUUUAUAAUGCAGUCUAUGCCAUAGCACAUUCUUUAGAUAAAAUUUACUUAUCUAGGCUAAAGCACAGAGUGAUGGCACAUGGAAGUAGUUUGGAUCCUCCAAAUGUGGAACCUUGGCAGCUUCACUCUGUGCUGAAGAGAAUCUCAUUUAACAAUACUGCUGGUGAUACUGUGUCCUUUGAUAAAAAUGGUGAAUUAGCAGCUGGAUUUGAUAUAAUAAACUGGGUUACCUUCCCAAACCAAUCCUUUGUCAAAGUGAAAGUAGGAAGGGUGGAUGCACAGGCAUCUCUUGGAGAAAUGUUCACUGUGAAGGAGGAGGCCAUCACAUGGCACAGCACCUUUAAUCAGGUGAAGCCCCUUGCUCUGUGCAACAACCAUUGCUAUCCAGGCUACAGCAGAAAAAAGAAGGAGGGGUUGCCAUUUUGUUGCUAUGAUUGCGCUCCAUGUCCAGAUGGGAUGAUUUCAAACCAAAAGGACACUGAUGAAUGUUUCAGGUGCCUAGAAGAUCAAUUUCCAAACAAGAACCAAGAUCAAUGUAUUUCAAAGUUUCUAAAUUUCCUCACUUUCUCAGAACCAUUGGGGAUCACUUUCAUUUUCUUGGCACUCUCUUUCUCUCUGAUCACGGCUUUGGUGCUAGGAAUUUUCAUCAAGCACAGGGACACUCCCAUUGUCAAAGCCAACAAUCGUGACCUCACCUAUGCUCUGCUCAUCUCCCUGUUUCUUUGCUUCCUCUGCUCCUUGCUAUUCCUGGGAAAACCUCAUGCAGUGACAUGUUCUUUACGACAAACUGCUUUUGGAAUAAUUUACUCAGUGGCUGUUUCAUGCAUAUUAUCAAAAACCAUAACUGUGGUCCUGGCUUUCAUGGCUACUAAACCAGGAUCCAGUAUGAGGAAAUGGGUGGGGAAAAGGCUGGCCAACUGUAUUCUACUUAGUUGCUUCCUUAUUCAAACUGGCAUCUGUGUUCUAUGGCUCUGCACUGCUCCUCCAUUCCCAGAUUUCAACAUGAAAUCUGUGGUGAAAGAAAUCAUAGUAGAAUGCAAUGAAGGAUCAGUCACAAUGUUUUAUUGUGUUCUGGGUUACCUGUGGCUCCUGGCCAUAGUUAGCUUCAUUGUGGCUUUUCAGGCCAGGAAGCUGCCAGACAGUUUCAAUGAAGCCAAGUUUAUCACAUUCAGCAUGCUGGUCUUUUGCAGUAUUUGGUUGUCCUUUGUGCCUUCUUACCUGAGCACCAAGGGGAAAUACAUGGUGGCUGUGGAGAUCUUCUCCAUCUUGGCCUCUGGUGCUGGGUUACUUGGCUGUAUCUUUUCUCCAAAAUGCUACAUCAUUAUCCUUAGGCCAGAGUUAAACAGCAAGGACCUCUUAACUAGGAGACAUUAG